AGGGGAUUUAAAGUAAACAGGUUAAGUGACUUGCCCAGGGUCCCACAGACAUUACUGAGGCAGAAUUCCAACUGAGAUCUUCCUGACUCCAAGCUCGCCUUUUUUUCCAAUGAGUCAUCCAGUUGCCUCCAUCCUUUCCGAUUUCAAAUUCCAAGGGUCCACACACUCCUGAGAUGGAAAAAAAAAUGUAUUUUAGGUGUAUAGACAAGGAUUUGAGAUUUGAGGUUUUUACCCUCUCCUGGGCUGUCUUCCCCUCCUGAGAAUGAGGGAGAACAAGAGAAAAGGAGGUGUUAUGUGACUGGGGAGGUGACUACCUCCCCAGCAGUAGUCAGGAGAGGCUAGAGUCCUGCUGAUUGGCUCCUUGGUAGGAUUGGGUGGGGAAGAAGAUAGAGCUUAUGAUUUCCUUUCCUAUAAAAACCUACACACUCUCUACUUCUAAAGGAUGGGAACGAAUGUUUUAAGAUUUAAGAGAGAGCUUCUUUUGAUAAAGGCAGAAGGGUAGAGCUGGGCACUCAUAGCAAUUGAGGGAGAUCAGAAUACAGCUUGUGGGAUCUACUGGUAAAAAGUUUCAUCUGGCAGAGCCGUGGGUAAUGUCCUGAGGAUGAACGGGUGUUUUCCAGUUACAGGCUUGAGGUGCCUGUCUAGGGACGGCACUACGAUGGCGGAGCCGGGAGCGCCCCGCUUCCUGCUAACCUUCGAUUUUGAUGAGACCAUCGUGAACGAGAACAGCGACGACUCGAUCGUGCGCGCGGCCCCGGGCCAGAAGCUGCCCGACAGCUUGCGGGCCACGUUCCGCGAGGGCUUCUACAACGAGUACAUGCAGCGGGUCUUCCAGUACCUGGGCGAGCAGGGCGUGAAGGCGCAAGACUUCCGCGAAGUCUACGAGGACAUCCCGCUGUGUCCCGGCAUGACCGACCUCUUCCAGUUCCUGACCAAACAGGGCAGCUGCUUUGAGAUCAUCCUCAUCUCCGACGCCAACACGUUCGGCGUGGAGAGCUCCCUGCGCGCCUCCGGCUACCGCGGCCUCUUCCGAAAAAUCUUCAGCAACCCGUCGGGCCCCGACGAGCGGGGCGUGGUGGUGUUGCAGCCCUUCCACAAGCACUCCUGCGCCCGCUGCCCCGCCAACAUGUGCAAACACAAGGUGCUCGGCGACUACCUGCGCGAGAGGGCGCAGGAGGGGGUGCACUUCGAGCAUCUCUUCUACGUGGGGGACGGCGCCAAUGACUUCUGCCCCUUGGGGCUGCUGGCGGUCGGCGACGUGGCUUUUCCGCGCCGCGGCUACCCCAUGCACCAGCUCAUCCAGCAAGCCCAGAACACCGAGCCCUCCUCGUUCCGGGCCACCGUGGUGCCCUGGGAGUCGGCAGCCGAAGUCCGCCGCUACUUGCAGGAGAUGGUGAAGAAAUGCUAAGCCCGGAGGGGGACGGGAGCGAGGCCCGCCGGCUGGCUGCGGAAGCCGCAGCUCCCGGGAUGCCCGGCCUCGCCCACCCCACCCGCUUCAUCUUCGCCUCCGAUUGGGGACCCAGGAAAGCGAAGCCGUGUUCGAAUUACCAACACAAGAACUUUGUCCCCUCCCCUGCCCCGUCCCCCUUCGAAUUCGCUUUGGUUUAUCCCUCCCUCGGACCCAGUCCUUUCCAACUGCGCUACAAGAACUCUGGGCUCCAUGCACUUGGGAGAUGGGAGAGGGAGCAGAAAUACACACAUGCAUGCAUAUAUGCACACGGCACGUGUGUAUAUAUGCAUAUAUGUGUAUUUAUAGAUAUGUAUGUGUAUAUUACAUAUAUGAAUGAGGAGGCAGUAACCAUCUAUGCAUUUAAGCCCAGUCGGGCUGUCCAGAGUCGGGUCCUGACAGUCCAGCGGUGCACACCUGUUUGAGGGGAGCCACACCUGGCUCCGACCUGACGUCGGGCUUCCUAGAUAAUGCUGCCUACACCAUUCCUAUUUUUGUGGUGAAGCUCUUCUAGGGUGGGGGGAGGGGAGAGGUAUUUAAAGAGUUACUUUCUGUCCCAAUGUGCAACUAAGCCUCUCCCCAGCCGACGGGAAACAUUCCCAUCUUCAGGUCCCCAGGCCCCACUCACUUGCACCUCCCGGCUGGGGAGGGACCACGCACUCAGUGCCCUAUUCACCUGCCUGCUUAUAGUCGACUCAGCUUGCACUACGAUGACACUUAAUAGACCUCACUUCUCUACCCAGUUACAAAGAAAAGGGGGAGGCGGAAAGACCGGGAAGUUGAAGCUCUCUGGUGUCAGAACGAGAUAGUGUCCAGUCCCAACUCUCCUGGCUGUCCCCACCCUCCACCCCAUCUAUGCAGCAAGAGGCCGGGGGAAAGGGGGGGGACCUUUCCAAAGCUUUCGGCAAAAGUUAAACCCCUCUUCCCCUAUUUUUACCCCGGUUUCGUAUUGUUUGGAACUCAAAGCCAUGAUGUUUCUAAGCAGAGCCAGCCCAAGCCCAUGGUCCCCUUCCUUCCCUUUCUCCCUACUGUAUCUCAGAGCUAUAAAGGAAGUGAAGGGGGAAAAGGCAUCUGAGUGAGGUCUCCUUUGUGUGGGGAGCAAGAGGGAGGACUUCAAUUGUUCAGCCUUUCCCCCUGAGCCUUCUCUUGAAGGCUGAGUCCUCAAGUACAGGACACAGUCUCUGUUCUCAGGAACUCGCGGUGUAGUGGAACUAGGACAGACGCCAGCGAAGGAAUACAUCCAGCAGGAGCAUAUGGCCUUCCUUAUAAGUCCCCCAAAUCUAGAGACAGGAGGCACCAUCUCAUUCAACCACAUAGGUGAAAUGAUUUGUCAAGAGUCACACAUCUCUAGAAGAGGGAUAUUUUUGGGUGGUUCCCCUGAGUUUAGUGGAGUGGGGCCGGUCCCAGGUUGUUAAAAUUUGUGAUAGGAGAGGAGGAUCAGAGCCAAGACGGGCAAGUCCAAGCAGGAAGUCAAGAGCUUUAACAGGGUUUUAUUCGGAGGAGUGGGAAGGCAAAUUUCCAUUCUUGGAGAAAUCAAAUUUAAGACUACAGUUCUCCCCUAUCAACAAAAAACAUCUGUCCCCAACAUCCUUUGUUAUCUCUUUCCAUGUACCCCCAUUGCACCAUCUCCCACAAAUGGAAAAAAAAAGUUCAGUCUCAGGA